UGGUCUGGAGGAACGGAUUGUGCAAGAAAGAGCUAAAAGGAAGUUGCAGAGAUGGAGGAAAGGCUCCUGGAGGGAAGCCCUUGAGAGCGGGGCUGAGAGCCGUUUGCUACGGCAGGGAAGGCCCUGGGACAUCAGGGGAGUUAGGACUGUGCCCACUCUAAGGUUUUGUGCGUGUUUUGGAGCUUGAAGGUGCUAACCCAGACCUCAGGAAGACUGGGGUUCCUGGACUUGUCAAAGCCUCUUAGGGAGCAGCCAAGAUGGGCAACCGAGGUCAGAGGAGGCUUGCAGGGCUGCCAGGAGGGCUUCCCUGGGAGGAGGCCACUCAUUGAUAAAUCCAUCCCUCAACUUUCUGGCAUUCUUCCAGGUUGGAGACGUCGUGGGAGGGAUCUUAAUCUGGCUCGACAACAGCUGUGAUCCCAGAGCCAGAAGAGCAGUGCUCAGGGCCAUGGCCUUGCUGGCUCGCUCCCACCCCCAGGACGUGGUUCUAACCUGUGUGGCUCACACGCUCUCAUCGCACAGAUGUGCCAUUGAGUUGUGGAAGGCCUUGGGUGAAGAACCACAGCUCACCAGGGAGGUGCUGCAGCAGCUGCUGGACAAGCUCCAGCAGAGACGCCGGGAGGAGAAGAGCAGCCAUGUGUCUCUGGCUGCAAUGAAGACCAUUUAUGAGCUCCUUUUCCUACGGGGAUACCGAGAAGCCAUCCUGCAAAUGUAUCCCCAGCUGCUCAUUCUCUGCGUCAGGCAAGUGCAGUACGUGCUGGAUCUGCACUUGCCAGGGACCUACAUGGCCAGGCAGACAUCCAGCCCCGAGGAGGGAUCCAGCUGCCUCAGCCCCCUAAGCACCUCAGUGGAGGCUGUGAAGACGCUUUUCUCCAUGCCCGGCUACUGGAAGGAAUUUGCUAGCAUCCACUUUCAUCGGGGUUGGGACAUGAUAGCCUCCCGAUAUCACUACUCGCAGGGGGUUGGCCUGAUUGCAAGAGCCAUGAUCGAGUUUGAGAACCCUCAGCUCCCUGCAGUUUUCAGAGAGGCAAUCACCAUCGUCCAGAGUGGGAAGGAGGAGGAGCAGAGAACUAUCGCCCUGGCUUUCUGCACUGAGUUUCUCCAGAGUCCUUCCAUUGACACCAUCCUGACAAGAUCAGUCCUCCAGGCACAGCUCAUGGACUGGACCAAAGAUGCAAAUUCCAUCAUACGGAGGCUCAGUCUGCGAGGCCUUGGCAGUAUUGUGUUCCAGCCAGAAAAGGUGCAAUUCUUACGGGCCCAGCUGCCAGCAAUCCUGGCCGUCUUUUGUGACAGGGAUGGAGGGCGUGUCCUGGAGGCCAUGCAUAAAGCUGCAGACAUCAUCCACCUCCUCAACAGGGAGGGGCUUGGCUCCAUCUCCCAGGAUAUUGCAGUCAGCCUUCGCCCCUUCAUUGAUGAUGAGAAGGGCAGUGUGCGCUCAGCUGCCAUUGUACUGCUUGGCAACGUGGUGAGCAGGGUGCAGGACCCCGACAAACCCUUGGUGCAGCAGGAAAUCAUCCACUACUUGCUCCCCCUGCUGCUGCAUCUUGAAGACCAGGAGGAGAGUGUGAAACUGUCAUGUAAACUGACGCUCUUCCGCUGCGCAGUCUUCCUCAGGUGGGCUCAUUUGAAGACGCUCUUCCGCAGCAUGGCCUGGGAUGGCUCCUCACAGCUCUUGAAGUGUGUCUGGAUCUGCUUGAUGCAGAACAACGAGAGCCACAUCCCCAAAUUCCUGUUCCAGGCCUUACAGUACCUGGAAAGCUCACAGACAACAAUCAGACAUUCAGCAGCCCGAUUCAUUGGAAAUACUAUCCACCAUUACUGCAAUUUGUUGUCUGAAACAGUGAAUGAAGAUGGCAUCUCCCGCCUGUAUGAAGCUUUUCACGAAGUGCCUUUGAAAUCGGACAGGACUACGUGGUACAUCCUCAACAGAUAUUAUAAAUAUUUGCAGCAGCUUGAAAAUCUCGUGUUGGGUUCUGCAUUCGACUAGGGAACCGGGAGCGAUACCG